AUGGGUUUCUCCAACCAGCCAAUUGUGAUUGAUGGCCGUGGCCAUCUGUUGGGUCGACUUGCUGCAGUCGUUGCCAAGACACUGUUGCAAGGUCAGAGAGUUGUCAUUGUCCGAUGUGAGGGAAUCAACAUUUCUGGAAACUUCUACAGAAACAAGUUGAAGUUUCUGAAGUACUUGAAGAAGCGUUGUAAUGUGAACCCAGCUCGUGGUCCUUUCCAUUUCCGUGCCCCAAGCAAGCAGUUCUGGAGGGUUAUCAGAGGAAUGUUGCCUCACAAAACUGCCCGUGGAAAGGAAGCCCUUGAGCGUCUGAAGGUGUUUGAAGGUAUCCCACCACCAUACGACAAGAAGAAGAGAAUGGUAGUUCCAUCAGCUCUCAAAGUUCUCAGACUGAAUCCUGCAAGGAAGUUCUGCAGUCUGGAUCGUUUGUCACAUGAAGUGGGCUGGAAGUACCAGAGGGUGGUGGCCACACUUGAGGCCAAGAGAAAGGUCAAAUCCAAGCAGUUCUAUGAGCGCAAGAAGCAUCUGCUGAAACUGCGUGAACAAGCCAAGAAGAAUGUGGCCAAGAAGAUUGAACCUUACCAGCAGACACUUCAGCAGCUGGGAUAUUAG